GGGACCAGCCGUCACCACACAGGUGACAGCACCCCACGGACCCCACGUGCCCCCCCACAUCAGUCCAUGAUGCCCAAGCCAGCUGCCAGGGCCUCAUCCUGCCCGGUGAGGGGCCAGGGUCCCAGGGCAGCAGGGGCCAAGCGGAGCUGAGCCGGGCCAUGGCGGGCACACGGGCGCACAGCCGCCUCCUGCACUCGCUGCUCUGCCAGCUCUGCUGCGGUUGUGGCUGCACUUCUUGCCGUGGGCUCCGCGUGUCCACAUGCACCCGGAUCCUCUAUACGCUCCUGCAUGUCCUGGCCUCUGCCGUGUGCUGCCUCAUGCUGUCCCGCACUGUGGCCCAGGCCGUCAGGGAGAAGGUGCCCUUCUCGGCGGUGCUGUGCGAACACCUGCCCGGGGGCACGGACUGCGAGCGGCUGGUGGGCUCCUCGGCCGUGUACCGGGUCUGCUUCGGCACUGCCUGCUUCCACCUGGUGCAGGCUGCUCUUCUCCUCAACGUGCGCUCCAGCACCGACUGUCGUGCUCAGCUCCACAACGGGUUCUGGCUCCUGAAGCUGCUGGUGCUGGUGGCACUCUGUGCCGCCAGUUUCUUCAUCCCUGAGGACCGCUUCAUCCAAGCCUGGCACUACACGGGUGUCUGCGGGGGCUUCGCCUUCAUCCUCAUCCAGCUGGUGCUGAUCACCGCCUUUGCGCACACCUGGAACAAGAACUGGCUGACGGGCGCAGCGCAGGACAAGCGCUGGUACCUGGCCGUGCUGCUGGCCACGGCCGCCUUCUACACCCUUGCCUCCGCUGCCUUCUCCUUCCUGUACAAGUUCUACACCCACCCGGCCGCCUGCCACCUCAACAAGGCGCUGCUCACCAUCAAUGGCAGCCUCUGCGGCAUCAUGUCCUUCCUCUCCAUCACGCCCUGUGUGCGGCUCAAGCAGCCGCGGUCAGGGCUGCUGCAGUCCUCAAUCAUCAGCUGCUACGUGAUGUACCUCACCUUCUCCGCACUGUCCAGCCGUCCCCCGGAGAGAGUGCUCUACAAGGGGCAGAACCUCACCGUCUGCUUCCCGGGUGUCCGGCAGGACGAGCUGCAGACUGAGGACACCACUGUUGCCGUCCUGGGGGCUGCCAUCAUGUACGCCUGCGUGCUCUUCGCAUGUAAUGAAGCUUCCUACCUCGCCGAGGUCUUUGGGCCCCUCUGGAUGGUCAAAGUCUACAGCUUCGAGUUUAAAAAACCCUCCUGUUGCUUCUGCUGCCCCGAGAAGAUGGAGGAGGAGCUGAGAGGCGCCGAGCAGACGUGUGAACAAGCAGAGGAGACCGCCGGGGGACGGUGCGUCAUUCAGGAUGAGCGAGACCGGGUGGUCUACAGCUACUCAGCCUUCCACUUCGUCUUCUUCCUCGCCUCACUCUACGUCAUGAUGACCCUCACCAACUGGUUCAGCUACGAGAAUGCGGUGCUGGAGACCACCUUCACACACGGCAGCUGGUCGACCUUCUGGGUGAAGGUGUCCUCGUGCUGGGCCUGCAUCCUGCUCUACCUGUGGCUGCUGCUGAGCCCCCUCUGCCUCCGCGGCUCCCCCCAGCACCGGCGCAGCAGCCCAGUCCUGCGUGUCCUGCGGCGACGACGCGCCCCACAGCGCAUCAGCGUCUCCACGUAGUCCCUGCUGGGAUGGACUGAGCCCGGCCACGUGUGCGGCAGCAGCCGGGGCUGGUCCCUGCCGUGCCCUGUGCCUGUGCCCUCCUCCCACUGGACUCCCCUGGCCCCCUGCCCCCGGAGAUGGCGGCAUCCAAGAGACUGGGGGGGGACCGAGGAGGUGGGUGCUACCGGGGACACCGGCCCUGCGUUGAGCUGGGGUCACCCAAGGGGCCAUCCGGAGCAAGCUCGGGUGGCGGGCGAUCGGCCCCGGCUGCUGCCGGGCUCCCCCCGAGCAGGGAGGCGGCUCCUGCCAGGUACGGGUUGCCCUGGCCUGGGGCCUGCCGAGGGAGUGGGGCUCUGCCCCGGCCA